AUGUUGGAACCCGACCACGAACAUGUGGCGAGUAUAUUUAGUCACUAUGAAGUCACUGAAAAUUUGGGUAAAGGAUGUCAGGGAGUAUCAUAUAAGCUGAGGAGUUCAGACAGUUCUGAAUUCUUUGUUUUGAAGAUGAUUGAAUGCAGAAGUUUGGAGCACGCUUAUCUACUGUUUAACGAGUGUGUUCAACUACAAAAUUUCACACAUGCUUUUGUAUCGAAAAUUAUGGAAGUUCGAGUAACAAUUAAUUCUCAAAAUUCAGCCAUUUACCUUUGUGUCAUUCGGAGAUAUAUCGAUGCCCCAAGUGUUGAAUCGAUAGUUCAGGAAAAUAUUGGGAAAAGCAGAGUGAAAUGGGAAUUAAUCUAUAAAGUUUUUGGAAGUGUACUGGAUGUCAUGUCUUCUGUUGCUAGUUUGAAAUAUGCUUCUCUGUAA